UUCAAUGAUUAAUGGACCCUGGAAACUGGAAGUGCAAAAACGCAUUGAUUAUAGUAUUUAUAAAACUCUGCAGAUUAUGCAGAGAGAGCAGGAACAGAGGUUUGGUUUCGUUGCGUGAGCUGUUUCCCUUUCACAUGGUCUCACUUCCUCUUUAAUUCUCUCUUCUUCUACCUCUGGACUCUCUCUCUCUCUCUCUCUCUCUCUCUCUCUCUCUUUCUCUAGCUAUGCUGUUUCUUCCUCGGAAGCCAUGAAAAUAGGAUUAGUUUCACGGAUCUUCUUCUUCUUCUUCUCUUGCCUUGUUCUUGUCUCUUCAGGUUUAAACUCUGAUGGAGUUCUCUUGAUGACUUUCAAAUACUCUGUUCUUCUUGAUCCUCUGUCUUUGUUGCAGUCAUGGAAUUACGACCACGACAAUCCCUGUUCGUGGCGAGGCGUGUUGUGUAAUAGCGAUUCAAGAGUUGUGACUUUGUCUCUCCCAAACUCUAAGCUCGUUGGUUCGAUUCCUUCCGAUCUGGGUUUCCUCCAAUACCUCCAAAGUUUCGAUCUUUCCAACAAUUCGAUCAAUGGGUCAUUACCAGUUGAGUUUUUCGCCGCCGGUGAGCUUCGGUUUUUAGACCUCUCAAAUAACUUGAUAUCCGGCGAGAUCCCUGCGACGGUCGGCGAUAUGCACAAACUCCAGACGUUAAAUCUCUCUGAUAACAUCUUAUCGGGAAAAUUACCCGCCAACUUGGCGUCUCUUGGAAGCUUGACGGAUGUUUCUCUGAAGAACAACUACUUUUCCGGCGAACUUCCCGGCGGGUGGAGAUCCGUUCAGUUUCUAGACCUCUCUUCGAAUCUGAUCAAUGGUUCAUUACCACCGGAUUUCUCCGGCAACAAUCUCCGAUACCUUAAUGUCUCGUAUAACCAGAUCUCCGGUGAGAUUCCUCCUGAUCUCGGUGCUGGUUUCCCUGGUAACACCACCGUGGAUUUCUCCUUCAACAAUCUAACCGGUUCAAUCCCAGAUUCUCCGGUUUUCCUUAACCAGAACUCAAUUUCUUUUUCCGGAAACCCGGGUUUAUGCGGAGCUCCGACCCGAAACCCAUGUCCCAUUCCUUCCUCCCCAGCCACCGUCUCCGGCGCCGCCACGCCGACGUCUACGCCUGCACUCGCAGCUAUACCGAAAACAAUCGGUUCAAACUCAGAAACCGACCCGGACGGACCGGAAAACAAGAACUCAAAUCCAAGAACCGGGUUAAGACCCGGCGUUAUAAUCGGAAUCGUAGUCGGAGAUAUCGCCGGAAUGGGAAUCCUCGCGCUCAUCUUCUUCUACCUCUACAGAUACAAGAAGAACAAAAGCGUGGAGAAGAACACACAAAGUUUAGAAGCAAACGAAAUCAAAGACACAACUUCAUUAUCACCAUCAUCAUCAACAACUACUUCUUCUUCCUCUCCAGAACAAUCCAAUAGAUUCGCCAAAUGGUCAUGCCUCCGUAAGAAUCAAGAAACCGAUGAAACGGAAGAAGAGGAAGAAGAAGAAGAACGUCAAGGGCCAGGAGAGAACAACAAGAAAGGAACUUUGGUAACCAUUGAUGGAGGAGAGAAGGAGCUUGAAGUAGAAACUCUGCUCAAGGCUUCUGCUUACAUUUUAGGAGCCACCGGUUCGAGUAUAAUGUACAAGACGGUUCUCGAGGACGGUACGGUUCUCGCGGUUCGUCGGCUAGGUGAGAACGGUUUGAGUCAACAACGCCGGUUUAAGGAUUUUGAGGCACAUGUUCGAGCUAUUGGCAAGUUGGUUCACCCGAAUUUGGUCCGUCUCCGUGGAUUCUAUUGGGGUAACGACGAAAAAUUGGUCAUUUACGAUUUUGUCCCUAAUGGCAGCCUCGUCAACGCCCGUUACAGGAAAGGAGGGUCGUCGCCGUGCCAUUUACCGUGGGAGACUCGGCUCAAGAUAGCUAAAGGUUUGGCUCGUGGGCUUGCUUACCUCCACGAGAAGAAACACGUGCACGGUAACUUAAAACCUAGUAACAUACUUUUGGGCCAAGACAUGGAGCCUAAGAUUGGUGAUUUUGGGCUCGAAAGGCUUCUUGCUGGCGAUACAAGCUAUAACCGAGCUAGUGGGUCCUCUCGGAUUUUCAGUAGCAAGCGAUCAGCAACAACGUCCUUGCGUGAAUUCGGAUCAAUCGGGCCUACACCGAGCCCGAGUCCAAGCUCGAUUGGGCCUAUAUCUCCUUAUUGCGCACCCGAGUCGCUCCGUAACCUCAAACCAAAUCCGAAAUGGGACGUGUUUGGGUUCGGAGUGAUCCUCCUCGAGCUUCUCACAGGGAAAAUCGUGUCCAUAGACGAAGUUGGGAUCGGAAAUGGGCUAACGGUAGAAGACGGAAACCGAGCACUGAUAAUGGCUGAUGUGGCGAUCCGAUCCGAAUUGGAGGGAAAAGAGGACUUUUUACUUGGUCUUUUCAAAUUGGGAUAUAGUUGUGCAUCUCAAGCUCCACAAAAGAGACCGACUAUGAAGGAGGCUUUAGUAGUCUUUGACAGAUUCCCUAUUAGCUCUUCGGCUAAGUCUCCAUCGUACCUUUACGGACACUAUUAAUGUUUGAUCUUACACUAACUUUGUAAGCCUCUUUACGAGGCUGAAGUAUAUACACAUGAAGCAACUCGUUCUUGUUAUUUGUUCACUUGAUUUUUUUGUGUGUGUUUUACAUGAUUUUUAGGAUAUUACCAAA